CCUGUGACCCCUGCCGCCGACCACCGCCGAGAGCUCAGCAGCUGGUACCGUCCUGCGGUUAGAGACCCGAGGCCCGGGACAGCCAGUCCUAGCCCGCGGUUAGGGACCCGAGGCCCGGGGGCUGUAAGUCCUUCGCUGGAGGCCACACAGCCCAUUGAGAGGAAAGGGGUGCAGAUGGCUUUUACGUGGGCAUGCCUCGUUCCCUAGUGACCUUCCCAACUGCCUCUCCCCAUCCUCUCCUGUGUUAAUUCCAGUUUAGGGUAGGCGAAGGAAGAGCCUGUUCCAUCUGCAACUCCCAGUUCAUAGACCCAGAGCUGAGGCUGAAAAGGAGCCUGAGCAAUCGUGUGCAGGGAAAGCAAGACACUUGGAACCGCCCAGAUUUAUGCUGGGAUGCUGGCUACGCACCUGACCGGCUCUGUCACUUUCGAGCAAGUUACUUAAUUUCUGAGCCUCAGUUUCCUAUUAGUAAAACAUGACAAGAUGAUGACCCUUCUGGCUCUCACCUGAGUUGAAUGAGCACCUCGUGCACUUUAAUCUCCUGUCGUGCCAUCAGGCUGACUGAAGACAGUGUUCUGAAAUCUCAGCUGUAAAGACCUCCCGCCAAAGUCUCAAUCUUGCCUUAACAAUGUUCCAGAGACUGAAUAAAAUGUUUGUGGGUGAAGUCAACACUUCUUCCAACCAAGAACCAGAAUUCAGUGAGAAAGAAGACGAUGAAUGGAUUCUUGUUGACUUCAUAGACACUUGCCCUGGUUUCUCGGCAGCAGAAGACCAAGCAGAAGGCAUCAGUGAAGAGUCCCGUACUGAGCACCCUGCCGUCUUUUCCUGUUUGCCUGCGUCUCUGGAGUGCUUGGCUGAUACCAGUGAUUCCCGCUUGCUCCAGUUUGAGUCCUGUCCGAUGGAGGAGAGCUGGUUUAUCACCCCUCCCCCGUGUUUUACUGCAGGUGGAUUAACCACUCUCAAGGUGGAAACCAGUCCUAUGGAAAACCUUCUCAUCGAGCAUCCCAGCAUGUCCGUCUAUGCUGUGCACAACCCCUGCCCCGGUGUCGGUGAGGCCAGCUGCGGGACUGAUGAACAUCAUGACCCAAGUAGCCCCAGAGUAGAACCUCAAGAUGAAAUGGGGCAGCACAUCCAUUGCUACGUGGCAGCUCUUGCUGCUCACACGGCUUUUCUGGAACAACCCAAGAGCUUUCGCCCCUCCCAGUGGAUAAAAGAACAUAGUGAAAGACAGUCUUUGAACAGAAAUAGCCUUCGUCGCCAAAAUCUUACCAGGGAUUGCCACUCUAGGCAAGUCAAGCACAGUGGCUGGGCUGUCCAUCAGCCCUGCCCACGUCAGUACAAUUACUAAGAAUUUCAAGCUUGGUUGGGAUUCUCGUGGUUUGUGCAUAUGUGUGUGGACGUGUGUGGACGGACAAUGAAGAUGCUGUCUCUUUGCAGCCAACUGACGACCAAUCACAUAGUUUUAUCGACGUGUUUAGACACUAUCUUGAAAACCAGAUUUACACGCUGUGUAUCACGUAAUGCCUUGCUUUUAACAUUCACUUUUUUUUGUAGACUUUUUCAGAAUAUUUUUGGAAACAUAUCAAUACGAUUACAGUGUUUGGUGUUUGGGGAUUGUCUUUAAAUCUAUUAAGGUGUACGUGAGUUAGCAUUCUAAAGACAUUUCUUCCCAAGUAUGAGAAUAGGCAUCUUUCAAUUUCAUUUUAUUUUGUAUUACUUAAUCAAUAUUUUGAGCGAGCAAAAAUUUAUUCUCAGGGUCAGCCAUACACUUUAUUGACCAGUACUUGAUAAUCUUUUCUGUAUAUAACGAAUACGUUUUUACACACUAACAUGAGCAUUAACAGGUGAUAGUUGCCAUAGAUACAAUGGAAUUAUGGCUGAACUUUCUCUUGAAAGAAAACUUGAUAUAUUUCUGUGUGUAUGGGGGUUUUUUUGUUUGUUUAUUUGGUUGUUUUUGUUUUUUUGUUUUUUUCCGGAUUAGCCAUGCAGUUCAUUUUGGAAUUCAGGUACAUUAAGUGUUAGUGAACAGUGCAUUCGGUAAUUCCGACGUGACUGUGUGACGUGGUACAGAGACAUUACAGAGUGUCGUGGGGCAAGAGCGCUGUCUCACACGCAGAGGAUUCAAUUAGACCCGUGAAGCUCUAUGUGGGAAAAUGUGUGUCUACGACUAAGCCGUGAGUCCACUAUUUAACGUGUGUGGAGUCUUUCCUGUCAGCUCGGCUCACUCGCCACCUCACGUCAGCUGUCGAUUCAGCAGAAGUACUUGUCCAGGCACUUUAGUGACCCCCUAGUUCUGACUGUCCCAGGGGGAGACGUAGGCCUUGUGUUUCUGAUGCGGUGACCACGCCGCCGCCUGAGCUGCCAAGUGGCCGCCAGGCUGAGCAGGGGUUCCUGGGGACACCUUCCUAGCAUCUGAAUGAGGAGCGACCGGUUGGCUUCCCUCAGUUUCCAUUUUUGGUUUUGUUUUUUUUGUCUUUUGGGGGGUUUUUUUGGAAACUGGGGCUUCAGGCAAAAUCUUUAACCACUUUGGCCUCUGUUUCCUCCAGCGGGGGAGGGAGCUUUGCCGCCGUGAGGGCUGCCUGGGGACCUGAGGUGGGCUGUCUGGGCCCAACCCUGUGUGGGCCGCCCCGGGCCUGGGCCAGUCUUCCCGCCGCAGCCGCCCCCAGAGCGCCGGUGCUAAGGAGGCCAGGGUUCAGGGCUCGAGUCCCACGGAGGCCAGUUAACCCGGAGAAAAGUCUCUUUCUUACCUCCAGCCAGUCACUUUAUUCUUAGCAGUUGUGAUGGGUCCCCCUGAGCCACCCGCACUCCCCGGUUUCUUCUCGAAGUUACCCAUCCACAGUCCAAAGCACAUUCUGCCGACAGAACAGUGGUAUCACCUCUGUCAUCAAAUAGCUUCUUUUUCCACGUCCUCUGCGACCGGAAUUAAAUAAAUUCAUGGCCACACAAGGUUUUCAAGGGAAAAAAGCAGCAUAUAAGUUAUGUGAAGUAUUAUAUUUUUCAAUGACCCUGUAACAGCUCGGUGCAGGGAAUUAUGGGAGACUUUCUUUCUUUCUUUUUUUUUUUUUUUUUUAAGUGAAGCGCUGUCCUCUUUUCUGCCUGGGUUGUUUGGAGUCAGAAGAGGUCAAACAGCAUCCUUAGGUGGUGGUAGUUGGGCCGCUCUUCCACUGGCAGUGAUGCAGUGCCAGGAAUGUCUCCUCAGAACAAGAGCCUAGAUCCCCCUUUCCUUGUUCCCUAUCCAUUUCGACUACCCCCUUUAUUUAUUUGUUUUCUGAUUAGGGGCCAAGUUGUAAAGUUUUGUCAAACUGAGCUAGAAGUUUUUUCGUUACUAUUUGUGUUUACGCGAGUUGAGAGGUAGGGUGGAGUCUUCAUGAAGGUGUGUGUGUUUUACACCGUGUCUGUCGUAGGGCCAUGUGUUGGUCCCUUGAAAACAGACCAGCUCAAUGUUUUCUGGAUGUAAGCCUCAGAAUACACGGGGUCUCAUUUUUCAUAGAUUACAUGCAAGUCGUUAGUACCUCACAAGCUACAGAAGUUCAGCCAUGAGAAUUUGUUUGGCACCAUGAACAGAUUUGUAUAUAAAACAGCAACAGUCUUUUUUUGUUUUUUACUAUUAUUUUUUCAAAUUUCCUGAUACCUGAAAUACAUUUACAUCUCUCGGUUAUUGACUUUUUUUUGUUUACUUUAUCUAGACCUAGUAGGUUUUCUUUUUUCUUUUCUUUUUUUUUUUUUUUUGGUGGUUUUUUUUGUUUCGUUUUGUUUUUGUUUUUGUUUUUUGUUUUUUUUAUGGUUUAUACCUGGAAAGCAAAUACUUUGUCUUGGGGAUGUUUUGUUUGAAGGGUUAGCAUGCCAUCCGUCAUACCAGACUGGCUUCUGUAUCAAUACCCAAGGUUUCUGCCUGAAAUUGGCACGUGUUGGAACUGAAAGAAGCGGUUACAUAAUUCAUUUGAAGUUCUUGAUCACUAGAUUGUUGGGCUUCUGUGUGCAAGACACAAGACCAAUAAGAACAGAAUGAUGUUGACCUGUUAAGUAUUCUUUGAAACAUAGCCAAAAUGCAACUUAUUAUAAGUUAAUUAUCAUUUCUGCUGUUGUAAAUAUUACUGGUUUACAAUGUGCUUUAGUGCAUAUUUCUUAAAACUUCAAGCAGUGAGAAAUAAGACCCCUCUGAACUUAGUGCUCUGUUUCUAAACUGAUAACAUAGAAUGUUACUUGGAAAAAGUCUGGAAUAUGUGGUGCACACAAGCAGUGCUUCACGAAUGAGUUUCUUAGCUUUUAAAACGCACCAUGUUCCUCGAAGUUUGUGUUUUUGUUAAUAAAACAUUUUAUAAUGUAUUUUCUAUGUUUAUUACUUUUUCUUUCUCAACUAUGUAUUGCACUGUAAGUUGAAGAUGAACCAUCCUUUAUUUAUCCUCUGUGACAAUGCAUUUAUAUGGCUGGGUGGGUGGGGAAUUUUUUGCAGAAGGUGCACAGCGAUUGGGUUUUUUGACUUUCUACUCCAGCAGGCUUUUUCUACAUUAAUUUCCUGUACAUUUUUCCAGUUCCCACGCAGACUGCUCCUGUUUACGUACCUUCUCUGUUGUAUCAGUACUUUGAUUCCAGUGAGAAGACAGUUUGCUUAAAACUUGCGAGCGCCAUUCAGCAUCGCCCAUUGAUCUUACUUUUCAAAUCUUUGUAGCGCACUGGUUUGUCAUCUUUACAUCUUCAUUGAAGCUAAGUGUCUCUGCUAUUUCUCUUUCCCCUCAAGGAAAGAUACUGUCUUUCUAUACUCUUAGGAAAAAAAGAGUAUCUAUCUUUAUCCUGAUUUUCUUUAAAGUAGAAACAAAACAAAGCAAAAAAAAAAAAAAAAUGAAGGAUUCCAACUGGAAGAUAGGCAUUUAAGUUUAAAUAGAUUAGUGGAGAAAGUUUAAGGUUUUCCAGGUAUUUUUGUUUUUAGAAUCAGUAAAGAGACUGCUCCUUGUACUGGAGAUACUAGCAUAUGUUUGUAAUGUUAUCUUAAAAUUAUCUUUUAUAAGGCCCAUUCAUACUGGUUAAAUUCUUUUAAAAGUUGGGCUACUCUCUUGGAUGGCUUCGCUGCCAUCAGUCACGUUGAUGCAUUAUAAAUGGCAUCCUUAUCUACUUAUUUUAAUGCUUAAAAUUUUAUAUGAAAUGCUUUAUUAAGAGAACCUACCUAAUACAGUGGUGUCAGCCUUGCCAUGUACUAAUUUCACUUGAAAUAUGACACCGGUUACAGUGGUUUAGGGCAGAGGAGGAGGUACUAGGAAGCCUACAGAUAAGGAGAUCUUUUUCUAUUUGCAGCAGUAUCCUUUAUGUGGGAGGAGAAGUUACUAUUCAAGGAAGGCAGCUUCAGUGGAUGUUUUAUAUGUAUCAUUUAGAAUUUUUCUUAUAUAUAUUUUUUAAUUGUAUAAUUGUUAAAUGCCCCCAUUUUGCUCUGUAUGUGCUGAGGUUUUAGCAUUUGUUUUCUAGGUGGACUUCUGAAAACCAAAUCAGUACCUGGGGAGUUAGAUGUGUGUGUAUCCAAGCUUGAUGUGUAUGAGUGGUUUUGAUUGCUGCUUUUUGGUUGUUUUCCUCCAGAGGUUUGGAACUUUAAUCAAUAAUUGUGUGUGUUAUUUUUCUUAAAAGGUAGCUUGGGUUUUUUUCUCAAGUAUCGUUGUGAACACAUUUGCUUUUCAAGGGCAGGGCAUCAGUUAGACUGAAGAGUAUUGUAGAUUAUUAUACUAUGUGCCUUCUUGAUGUAUUUCUGGACACAAAUUUUUUUCAACUUGAAAACUCAAAAGAGACAUUUGGUUAGAUUAUAUACUGUACAUCAUCUAUGCAUAAAUGGCAGCUUGUUUUCUUGAGCCACUGUCUAUAAAUUUUUUUCUGUUUUUAUAGGAUUUUUUAUACUGAUUGGUUCAUAGAUGGUCAGUUUUAUACACAGACUAAACAAUACAGCACUUUGCCAAAAAUAAGUGUAGCAUUGCUUAAACUUUGUGUAUUAACACCAGUUCUUUGUAUUUGGGUUCCUUGGUGCAUUUUGCACUACUUGGAGUUGUGGUUUUUAAUCUGUCAAUAAACAAAAUGUUCUUUAACUUCA